AGCCCUAAAUGUAAUCAGAUUGAUCGCUGACAACAUCUUACAUUCGCUAGUGAUAAUAAUAACACACCGCCUCGAAACUGGUUAUUCCCCGCGUUCUGAAUCGUUAAAUAGAACUGGCUGCAACGGAGUAAGAUUACUCGGUUCAUUAUUGCCACCAUGAUCGGCUUCGCGGUUUGCAUUUGGGUCACAAUACUAGCAGCUACUACGCUGCAGCUUUUAGUCGCCGGACAACGCGUAGCAGAGCAAAAAUGUCAAGAAAUUCGUGAUCUGACAGUAGUUCGAUCCUCGGUUUCGUUUCUUCUGCCGGGAAGUUCCCCGCCGGUAAAGAUUGAAUAUUUCAACUGCAGCAAAAUAGUGAAGCUGAUCGUUGGCGGAGAAGAUGCUGCCCCGGGAGAAUUUCCGCACCACGCCGUUAUGGGCUACCCGAAUGAAGAAUCAGAAAGUCUAGAUUUUCGCUGCGGAGGCUCUCUCAUAAGUGAUCAGUACGUCCUAACGGCGGCUCAUUGCUUCAAAUAUGGUGAACCACAGCUGGUACGGCUAGGAGAAUCGAAUCUGGCCGAAGCAAGUCCAGAUCACCGCGAUUUCGAAAUCGAACAAAUCAUCAAUCAUCCAAAUUACAGGCCCUCGCAAUCGUACCACGACAUUGCCCUGGUCAAACUGAAAGAAAAAGUAAAAUUUUCCAAAUACAUAAGACCUGCCUGCCUCUGGACCAAUCCAACCAUCAACGUGUCCUCUGUCAUAGCAACCGGUUUCGGAUUCACCGAAGACCAAGGAGAUCUUUCAAACACACUACGCAAAGUGCAGCUGGACUUUCUGGAUCCAUCCGAGUGCGAAAAGCAGUUCCUGAAUCUGAGAGCAUUCCGAGAGGGCAUCAUCGAUGGGCAACUUUGCAUCGGAAAUCAGGCCGGUGCUGCAGCGGGAGCCAAAGAUACCUGCCAGGGUGAUUCCGGAGGUCCGGUGCAGAUCGUCACGGAACCGAAAGGAUGCACCUAUCAGAUCAUCGGAGUAACUUCGACCGGGGCGGCCUGUGGCGUUGGACGAUCGCCCAAUAUUUAUACUCACGUUUCCAAGUAUGUCGGUUGGAUUGAACGGGUCGUCUGGGGCAGUUGAUUUCCCUAUUAAACAAUUGUACCAACCUACUCUCACAACAGUGUAAACCAAAAGUGUAAACCAAAUGCAACAAAAUUUACU